CGCUUUUCCAACGGCUAUGGCGAUAGCUCUCCACCCUCGCAAGAGAGCAAUAAUAAAAGGCAGAAAACCCUCAAAAGCCCCUCCAUCUUUUCCUCGUCUUCUCACAAUCUUCAGACAAGAUAAUUCCUGCAACCAGUCAGUCUGAGAGAGACUCAGAUGAUGAGCUCAGUCAUGGAUUCCACCCCUCCGUCUCGUCGUUCGGAACCCCGCCUGCGUAUCAAAUCGGCUUCUCGAUUUGCUCGAACGGAGGAUUUCGGUGCUGAUGCCGAGGACAUCCCACACUUCUCUGUUGAAGUCAUCCCUUCUUCGCCUAAUGUAACUCUAUCGCCCUCUCUUCUCUCUCGGCAGGGGGUUCCUCUUCAAGAGCUUCUGCUCCUUUCUCCUUCUUCCCAUUCCCCCCUAAGAAGAUCCAAAUCACGGCUAAACGAAAGGACAGAAAUGGCAGAAGAGCCAAUUGAUCAGUUGGGUUCUCGCAGGCGAUGCAAGAGCAGAGCUUCUUCAAUGGCUGUAUUGGGCUGUGCGUCCCCAAGAAACGGCCGGCGGACACGGAGGCGAUUGGAGCAAGAGAUUCGAGAAGAAAAGGAUGUGGGUUUGGGAGUUGAGAUUGGAAAAGCAAGAAGAAGAAAGAGCACUCGAUCCUGUAAAGAAAAUCCGAGUAUAGUCCCUUCAGUCCGUUCUCCAAAAACCGGCGAUGAUGAUCCGUGUAACCUAGAUCAUAUCUGGCAGCUGAUAUCCGACCAGGUUAUGUGGAAGGAUGUAGCUAAGUCGAGCCUCUGGUUUGGCUUUGGGUCUCUCUGUUUCUUGUCUUCUUGCUUUACAAGAGGAUUAAACUUUAGCAUUAUCUCUGCAGUUUCUCAACUGGGACUUCUGUUUUUGGGUGCAUCAUUUUUCUUUAACUCAAUCUCCCAAAGUUACAGCCACGAGGAUCACAAGAAGCAAGAGUUUAAGCUGAAAGAAGAUGACAUUUUGAGGGUAGCUCGAGUAAUGCUUCCUGCUGCAAACCUUGUAAUUGCAAAGACAAAAGAGCUUUUCUCAGGGGAGCCGUCCAUGACUCUCAAAGCAGCACCCAUCCUCCUUUUUGGAGCUGAAUAUGGUCACUUGAUAACCCUGUGGAGACUAUGUGCAACUGGUUUUUUUGUCAGCUUCACUGCCCCCAAACUAUACUCUUGCCACUCUGAGAAGAUAAAAAAACAAGUUGAAAACUGGAGAAGUUGGAUGAGGGAAAAAUGGGUAGCUUGCUCCCGCAAGAAGAUUGUGGCAGCAUCUGCAGCUACUGUCCUUUGGAAUUUGUCCUCUUUAAAGACACGCAUGUUUGCAGUGUUUAUUUUGUUGGUAAUACUCCGAUUCCACCGACAACACUCACAAGUAGAAGUGAAAGAAUUGGAAGGGGAAAAGCAUCAGCAGCAACAGGACUCGGUUAUAGUAACUGAAAUAGAAGAGCAGCAGCAGAAGCAGCAAGCCUUAGUUGUUGUAGCCCAAGAGAGAUCAAACAAAAGCAGUUAGCUUCAGCCCGUUUCUUUUACUAAGAUAUGAGGCUAGCAUCUAUGUAUAAAAUUUUGCAAUGUUAUGCUGGUGGUCAGUAUAUUGAUUGUUACAUAAAACAAAUAGAAUGCUCUUUUCUAUUUGAGUAGAAACAUUAUGUUUCAAGGA